AUGUUGGGUAGACAAACUCUGAAACUAAGACCAACUCUUGGUUCCCAAUUUUCACAUAUAACAAGGUCUCUAGCAACUGCUCCAUUAGAUGCAUCCAGACUUCAAGUAACUCCAAUCUCCCAUCCAUCUACUCCAAAACCAAAUGAUCAAUUAGUCUUCGGUAAGACAUUCACAGAUCACAUGUUGACCGUUGAAUGGACCAAAGAAAACGGUUGGGAUGCUCCACAAAUUAAACCAUACGCAAACUUAUCCCUACCACCCUCCGCUUGUGUAUUCCAUUACGCAUUCGAAUUAUUCGAAGGGUUAAAAGCAUACCGUACCCCAGAUAACAAAAUCACCAUGUUCCGUCCAGACAUGAACAUGGCCAGAAUGAACAAAUCAGCAGCAAGAAUUUGUUUACCAACUUUCCAAUCUGAAGAAUUAGUUAAACUAAUGGGUAAAUUGAUUGAACAAGAUAAACAUUUAGUACCACAGGGACAAGGUUAUUCUCUAUACAUUAGACCGACUUUAAUCGGUACCACUGCUGCCCUUGGGGUAAGUACCCCUGAUAAGGCAUUAUUAUUCGUCAUUUGUUCACCUGUUGGACCAUACUAUAAGACUGGUUUCAAAGCAGUUAGAUUGGAAGCUACAGAUUAUGCAACAAGAGCUUGGCCAGGUGGUGUAGGUGAUAAGAAAUUGGGGGCUAAUUAUGCUCCUUGUAUAUUACCACAAUUACAAGCCGCUGAAAGAGGUUAUCAACAAAACUUAUGGUUGUUUGGUCCUGAAAAGAAUAUCACUGAAGUUGGUACCAUGAAUGUAUUCUUUGUGUUCCAAAAUAAGGCUACCGGGAAAAAGGAAUUGGUUACUGCUCCUUUGGAUGGAACUAUCUUGGAAGGUGUCACUAGAGAUUCUGUAUUAGCAUUGGCAAGAGAAAAAUUGGAUCCAAAUGAAUGGGAAGUCAAUGAACGUUAUUAUUCUAUCACUGAAGUCGCUGAAAAGGCUCAAAAGGGUGAACUUUUGGAAGCUUUCGGUUCAGGUACCGCUGCGGUUGUGUCUCCAAUUAAGGAAAUCGGUUGGAAUGGUCAAGCCAUUCAUGUCCCAUUAUUACCUGGUGAACAAUCUGGUCCAUUGACUAAGGAUGUGGCUAAAUGGAUCGCUGAUAUUCAAUAUGGUAAAGAAAAGCAUGGUAACUGGUCAAAAGUCGUCGCCGAUUUGAAUUAG